GUGCCUUGCCUUUGCUUGUAUUUCAGACAGAGAGAAACGGAGAGGAAACAAAGCAAAACAGGCCAAAAAAACAGAGAGAAAGAAACAGAGCAAAACAGGGCCAAAAAUGGUUUUCAACAGUUUGAUGGUGCUGUCAGUGGCUCACGUAUCGGCAGACGCAUGGCAAUACAUAGCUUGCAACCCAGAGAGGCUGAGCAGCCAUCAGCUAUUGGAUCUAAUCUGCUGCUUCCCUUUGCAGCAAUUGGGUCGCCUUGCUCUCUGCCUCUGGACCUUCCUCUGUCUCCCUCCUCCUGAUUCCUUCUACUCCUACGCCUAUUACUCUUCCUCUUCAUCUUCUGAUGAUGAUGACGAUGAUGAUGACUCUUCCUCCACUCUCAAUUACAACAACGGAUACUAUUAUCAUUCCCAUUCAGAUUGAUACUCUCUCUCAUUGGGAUUCAUGCACAGAACUUGCAGGAUGGAUAGAGAUAGAUUCUUUGUUUGGAUUCUUGGCCAUGUGAUAGAAUUGUGGGGGUUGACGGAGAAGUGACCAGGGAUCAUUGCAAAGCAGGAUUAGGCUACUUGUUUACUCACUUUUAUGGUCAUUGCAGGGUAACAAGGAAAUUUUUUCCCAGUAUGAUAAUAUAGAGGACCCCACUUAUUUUUAAACUCUUUCUCUUUGUAUAACAGCAGUUGUGAAGUCUUAGAUCUUUGCAUCUGAUUACUGGAUCUAUAGAGGUUUUUAUAUUCAUUGCAGGGUGAUAUAUGUGACUUAGAUAACACUUGUAUAGCAUGAAUAAUUUGUGGUCACAUAUUUUGUUUGAGGUUGUGUCUUUCGCUUUGUUUAUACUUGAUGAUGUAAUGAGUAUUUAUUUUCCUAUAGACAAAAGAAUGGUAAGAUUCUAAAUGACAAUUCUACCACUGCUUUUCUGGA